AUGUAUACACCGAGGGAGCAAGGGGGUUUAGGAGUGGUAGACCCGCAGGGGCGCAUUGACAGUGUGGCCCUGCGAUGUGCUGGAUUGGUGCUGCAACAAGAAUGUCCGCUCAGGCGGGGGCUGUCGGAACGGGCGGCAGGCUUACCGCAAGGCUGGGCGACGCUUUACGCGCAUAAGGCGAUAUUGCGUGGGGGUUUGUUCAAGAGCAGAAGGUGGGCGCGGCUGCGUAAGACGAUCUUGAAAUCCACGGUGGUGAAGGUGCCGGAAGUGGCGUCAAGAUGGGAAGCGGAAGAGGAGUUUCUGUGCUACAAUAAGCAUAUCAUACACCGAGGGGACGCUCCCUUUGGAGGACAGAAAGGAACGGAGAAGCUGCGGAAGUGGAAGAUGCGCGACAUGGUGAUGCGGAAAUGGGACGGCACAACAGUACUAAAGUCAGAAGAGACACUUGCCAGGGAACUGGGAGGGAAAAAGGAGGCGGAGAUGGCGUUGAAGGCGUUUCGAGCAGCGCUGGAGCAGUGGCGUCAGUGGGUGUUGGCACCUUUGACGGCAGAGGAGGUAGCGGCUGAAUCGUUGGUGGUGUGUACUAAACUCCCGGGUGGGAAGAGGUGCCUCUGGGAGAUCUGCGGCAAGUUAGGCAGGAAGGUGGAGCUUAGGGGGCUAAACGGCAAGGGGGAGCGCUCUGCGUGGGAUGUGAAGGUGGCGCUGUGCUGUGAUAGUGUGAUACCGGUGAGGUUGUCCGGUGCCCGAGCAGUAAGAGAGGUUGGAGACCCAAUGACAAGGCUUCUGAGCUCGUCACUGUUUGCAGAGGAGGAAGUGGCCCCGCUGAGGAAGCUCAGGGAGCCGAGCAAGGGAGUGGAGGCUGUGGAGGCAAAAAGGGCAAGUUGGGAGGCCCGAGCGGGCAGGAAAAUCGACUGGGAAGGGGGAAGAAGUGUCCGUGAUUUGCUGGUGACCCCGGCCAGAACAAGAGAUGUGGUGCUUCGUGUGCAAAAUCUCAAUCUGCAAGUGGGAGAGAGGGUUUCUUUCGUGAAAGGGGGAGUGACGUGUCCGAACUGCGGGAUGGAGGAGUCGCUGAAACACUGCUUGCUUGACUGCAGGUGUGUGGCGCCAGUGGUUGGGGCUGUUAAAUCGGCGCUCAACAUGAUGCAACCAGCUAGGCAGGUUGACAAGGUGGCAGACUUAGUGUUUGGCGCGGAAGAAACGAAGUCUGGUUUCCCCGAGGCAACUAUGGUGGCAGUGGCGAUGCACCAGAUCUGGUUGGGUAGGUGUGAGGUGUCGCUACGGAAGGUGAAGAGGUUCCAGGCACGGAAGGAUAAGGUGCGGUGGAACUUGGCGGGGGAUGAGGCACGUGUCAUGCGGCGGAUUUGUGUCGAUGAGGUGGUGGGGCUGAAGUGGCAAGGAAGGUUCCAGUCUACCUGGUCGAACCCGAAGACCUUUGUGAAACCACCGUAG